AUGAUGUCACAAUAUUCUAGACCUAGAAUAUGGAACUCUAGAGUCCAGAGACUUCAAUCAGUGUUUGAGAUGGGAAGACUGAAUACAUUUAGCUACUGACCAACAGCUGGUAAAAAAAUGGAGAACAUCAGUCCUACAGCUUUUACCGUGUUUGAUGAAGCACGUUUACUGGGCGAACACACUGACUUGAUCAUCAGGGCAAAUGACAGAGAAUUUCAAGUGCACAAGAUCAUCUUGUGUGGCUGCAGUCCUUAUUUUAGGGUUAUUUUCUCCAGUAAUUGGAGCAGAACACCAGAACAUUUCUAUGAUAUUCCAGGAAUGUCCCGAAACAUCUUGUCUCUUAUUAUUCAGUAUGCGUACACAGGAUCUGUCCUCAUUACAGAAGAGAAUGUGUUGGAGCUCUUAGUGGCGGCUGAUCAGUUCUUAGUCUCAGGUCUUGUAGAAGCCUGCUGUCAGUUCCUGGAGUCGCGCUUAUGUCCGGAGAACUGCAUUGGCAUCUGCAUGUUUACAGAGGAUUUUCACUCCUGCUCAAAGCUCCGCCAUAAAGCAAAGCUCUACAUCCUGCAGCACUUUGAGGAGGUUCUGCAAGUAUCUGAGGAGUUCCUGCAGCUCUCACUGGAACAGCUUGAGGAGAUCAUUGAUAAGGAUGAGCUGAAUGUCAAACAGGAGGAGGUGGUUUUUGAAGCCGUGCUCCAUUGGAUUGAUUACGCACCUGAAACCAGGAGGAAACACAUCGCCAUGCUUCUGCCAAAGGUUCGAAUGGGAUUGAUGACAUCAGACUACUUCAUCAAUAAUGUAAAGAGCAAUGCACUGGUGAUGGAGAAUGAAGCCUGCGUGCCUCUUAUCAUCAAUGCAAUGAAGGCUUUGUUUGAAUUUGACAUGGAUUUACAUGGACCCAUCAGCUUAGAGCUCAUUCAUCAACUGACACGCCCACGUCUGCCCUCUGCGAUCCUAUUGGCCGUCGGAGGAUGGACCAACGGCAGUCCCUCCAAUGUGAUCGAGGCAUAUGAUGCAAAUGCAGACCGCUGGAUCAAUGUGACUCUUGAGGAUGAGCGUCCCAGAGCCUAUCAUGGCACAGCUGUCCUGGAUGAGUUUGUCUACUGUGUUGGUGGUUAUGACAGUGUGGAGUAUUUUAACAGUGUGAGGAAACUCAAUCUUAUCACUCAAACUUGGCAUGAGGUGGCUCCCAUGUAUGAACGCCGAUGCUAUGUUAGUGUUGCUGUUCUGAAUGGGUUCAUUUAUGCCAUCGGUGGCUUUGAUGGACAUGGACGGCUCAAAUCAGUGGAACGCUAUGAUCCUGACACCAACCAGUGGACACUGACCGCAUCCAUGAAUGAACGGAGGAGUGAUGCAAACGCCACCUCACUGCAGGGCAGGGUUUAUAUCUGUGGAGGUUUUACUGGGACAGAUUGUCUCUUCUCAGCUGAAAGCUUUAACCCUGACACAAACCAGUGGACCCUCAUCGCUCCCAUGAGACGCCGCCGCAGCGGUGUUGGUGUGAUCGCUUACGGGGAUCUAGUUUAUGCUGUUGGUGGUUUCGAUGGUGCCAGUCGUUUGCGGAGUGCAGAAACCUACAACCCACUGACUAACAUCUGGUGUGAUAUUGCAUCUAUGUACAAUCCACGCAGUAACUUUGGAAUUGAGGUAGUUGAUGAUCAGUUGUUUGCUGUCGGAGGGUUUAAUGGAUUCAGCACAACGUCUGAUGCAGAGUGCUAUGAUGAGAAGACAAAUGAAUGGUUUGAUGCAAAUGAAAUGGCCAUUUUCCGCAGUGCUCUGAGUUGUUGCGUAAUAUCAGGAUUACCUAACAUGGCACAGUAUGCUGCCCAACGAGACACAGUCCAGACACAAGACGAGUCUGACAGUGAAUGA